AUGGCUACAGUCACACUUGAGCAAUUCAACCCAGCCAAUUUUGAACCCAUCCCUUUACCGGAUCAUCUUCCGACCUACGAAUUGCCAAGGGUCUCCAUCUCGAAGCUUAUGGGAAAAGAUGAAGCCGAGACAAAGACCGUUGUUGAUAUUUGUGCUCGCACGGGAUUCUUUCUUCUGAACCUGAUGGAUCACCCGCUUGGUCGAAACCUUUGGGAAAGUGCCUGUAAGCUGCGCAACCUCGGUCAGCACAUCAUGGCGACGUUGCCUGAAGAAGACAAGAAACUCUUUCUUCAACGCGAAGAGCGAGGUGUUCUGGACCGUGGCUACACAUCAUCCGCUCGUGAUGGCCAGGGAGUUGCCAAAUUUGUUGAAUCAAUCAACAUUCCUCGUGAUGAGCUUUUUGCAAAACCGACACCUGGAUGGGAGCUUCCCAGCUGGCUCAAGCCUCACGAAGACCUCUUCAAGAAUAUUCAAACAGAAGCACAUAAGGUUGAGCUUGUUAUUCUCGCUGCUCUCGAGCAACAACUUGAACUCAAACCCGGUACUUUUACCGACACCCACCAACUUGAAGCACCAACCCAUUCGUUCUUGCGAGUGUUGAGAUACCCCCCUACAGGCGAUGGCAAUGGUAUGCGCGAACGUCCUCGUGUCUUUGCACACCGUGAUGUUGUCAGCAUUUCCAUGCUCUUUACUUGGGUAAGCGGUUUACAAAUUCCCAGAGACGAUGCUGUCUAUCUUAACUCGGAUACGCCCACUGAAGAUUCAUGGCUCUGGGUUCGCCCAGAGGCUGGACACAUGAUUGUGAAUCUCGGGGACACCAUGCCGAUCUUUACCAACGGAGCCCUCAAGUCAGGACUUCAUCGCGUUGUAACAGCGCAUGGAGACCAGGCAAAUCUCGACAGAGUAUCGGUGUUAUUUACUGGGAGACCCAACUGGGGGGUCCCUAUGGCGCCUUUGGUCAGCUCCAAAAUUCCUGCGCAAUCUGCGGAGGAGGCGGCUCGGCCUGCCGAUUCUUGCAAGGUUUGGGGUGAUAAUGUCAUCAAGGGGUACUAUAAAGAUAACGUCAAGUGGAACAAGGCUGAGGUAUCUGUAUAG